UUUGAACACGGAUCAAGAUCGCGGAAACAGUUAUUCGGCAUUGACCUUGACUGCUCAAUUUGUGCAGUAGAAAACGUUGCCAAGAAAAAAAAUAUUGUUAUAAUGUUAUUCAAGACGCGCCUUGUAUUAUCAAGUAUUAAAAGAUUAUGUCGGGUGUCACAAGUCACCUCAACUACACAGAACAGACAUAUACAAACUAUAACAGCUUAUACAGCUGUUAAUGAACCAGUAUUAUCUUAUGAAGAUGGAUGUGAAGAGAAAGAAGCUUUGCUAAAAACUCUGGAGAAGUACAGCUCCAGCACAGAGGAUGUUCCUAUUGUUAUUGGUGAUGAGGAAUUUAGAACAAAGGAGAUCAAAUAUCAAGUAGAACCAUUUGACCACCAAGUAAAGAUAGCUAAAUAUUAUAAUGCCACACCAGAACUUGUACAAAAAGCCAUAGAAAAUAGCUUAAAAGCAAGAAAAGCUUGGGACAGAACUCCACUGGAAGCACGAUGUGACAUUUUUCUCAAAGCAGCUGAUUUGAUGAGUAAAGAAUACAGAAUGGAUUUGAUGGCUACAACCAUGAUGGGCCAGGCUAAGAAUAUUGUUCAAGCUGAAAUUGAUGCAGUCUGUGAAUUGAUAGAUUUCCUUAGAUUUAAUGUACAAUAUGCACUGAGUCUACAAACACAACAGCCACUCAGUCCAUCUGCAUUUGAGACAAUUAAUUCUCAGAAUUUAAGGGGAAUGGAGGGAUUCUGGGCAGCCAUUAGUCCAUUUAAUUUCACAGCAAUUGGUGGCAAUCUAUGUCAAUCACCAGCAAUAAUGGGAAAUGUUACAGUAUGGAAGCCCUCAGAUGCAGCCAUGCUGUCAAAUUACUUAGUUUACAAAAUAUACCGUGAGGCUGGUCUGCCACCUGGUGUCAUUAAUUUUGUACCAGCAGAUGGACCAGUCUUCGGCAAUACUGUCACAGCUUCCAAACAUCUAGCAGGAAUCAACUUUACAGGCAGUGUUAGAACAUUCCAACAUUUAUGGAAGCAAGUAGCUAAUAAUAUAGAAAAAUAUAGAACAUAUCCCAGAUUAAUAGGAGAGUGUGGAGGUAAAAAUUUCCAUUUUGUCCACAAGUCAGGUGACUUAGAAAGUGUCGUUAACGGAACAAUCAGGUCAGCAUUUGAAUAUGGGGGACAAAAAUGUUCAGCUUGUUCUCGGAUGUAUAUCCCUCAAUCUAUGUGGCCAGAAGUAAAGGAGAAAAUGCUAAAAAUACACAAGGAGAUUCAAGUUGGAUCCCCAUUGGAAGUAGAGACUUUUGUGUCAGCAGUUAUUGAUGAUAAGUCAUUUGCUAGAAAUAAAUCGUAUUUAGACCAUGCCAAAUCUUCACCAAAUUUAACAAUAGUAGCUGGUGGUAAAUGUGAUGACAGCAAAGGAUAUUUUGUGGAGCCAACCAUCAUAGAGACAACAGACCCUGAAGAUAAAAUAAUGAAAGAGGAGAUUUUUGGUCCUAUCUUGACCGUCUAUCCCUAUCCAGAUGACCAGUACAAAGAAGUAGCUGACAUACUAGAAGAGACAUCACCAUUUGCACUUACAGGAGCAAUUUUUGCCCUAGACGAGGAAGUGAAAGAAGAACUAAUAGACAAAUUCAGGGACUGUGCUGGUAAUUUUUACAUAAAUGAUAAAUCCACAGGAUCAGUAGUAGGACAGCAACCAUUUGGUGGCAAUAGAUUAUCAGGAACCAAUGACAAAGCAGGAGGUGCCAGCUAUCUACUGAGAUUUGCUUCAAUACAAUCAGUUAAGGAGACAUUUAAACCGCUCACAGCAUGGGAUUAUCCUUACAUGAAUUGAUAGACAGAUGGAAUUAGAAAGAACAAUAUGCAACAUUAACUGAUCAAGAAAUCAUAAUAGAACAACUUAUCAAAACCACAUUACAACUAAUACUCACAGAACAGUACAUACCAAUAUAGUUUCAUUAUAACUGAUACUCAUAUUUACAGCAAGGAUUUAGAGGAACACAAUAUUUGUUAAUGAUAAAACUGUUUGUAUAUCUAAAUGGCCGCUAUAGUUGUUAAAAGAGAUUAAAAAUGUUCAUAUUGAAUGUUAUGUAGAUUGUUUGCAAAUAUGCAUAUCCCAGAUAAAAUUAAGGAUGUUUGCUUCUCUGAUUCAAAAUAACUAGCUUAUUUUCAAAAUAUAAGCCAUUGAAAAUUUGGUUGGAAAAUGUCCUAAAGAUUUUUCAUAUAUUUGACAUUAGCACCUUUUUUUCAGAAACAUUGAAACAAACAAGGAUUUUAUAAGAUUUGAAAAUUUUGCUGUUUAAUAUUUGGGACAUAAAAUUAUGAAAACAAGAAUAGGGGCAAAUGUUUGAGUGGCAAUACAUGAAUAAAAUCAGAGGGUUAAGAAAAUAUCUGACUAAAAUUGAAAACCAAGAGGGGCAAACAUCCUUAAAUGAUUUUUAUUUUGUAAGUAUCCUUUUUUAUUUAGACAUCUAAAAUCUAUAAUAAAAUUAUCAAAUCAGUGGGAUUCCUUAUUGUUUUUAGUCAAUUUCUCAUUAUUUUAUUUUAGUUAAUCCAAACAACUGUUUUGAGUUGGAAAUAUUUUUUAGUUACAAAUUUUCAGUUUCAUUAUAGAGUCUCUAGAUUUUAUUUAUUUUUGUAACUAUACUUUAUAUUUGUACUCAUUAUAAAUGGCUCAUAAAACUUUAUAACUUUGAACUACUCUAGUGAUAUAUUAUAUAGUAUAUGAUUCUGUGAUAUGAUUGUGAUUAAUCAAUGUAGCCUACAAUGAAAGUUGUUGAAUGCAAGACAUAGAUGUUGCCUUUCCAGUGGCAUCUUCCUUAGGGUCUGUGCGACAAUUGUUAUUUUUUUCUGCUCAAGGCAGCUUGAUAGAAACUACUUGUGAAAGAUUAACUAAUAAAAAAUGUUGUUGUUUAUCAAAUCAAAUUUUCUUUCUACAGGCCAGACAUAUAUCUGUGUCAGCAGUUUUUUUCUUAAAAGUCAUUUGUUAAUCUCAUUCAUAUUAAAAAGAAAAUAGAAAAAAAAACCUUUUCAUGUGAUACAGAAAUAGAAUAUUCUGUGUAACAAAAGCUAGAAUGUAUAUAUAUAACUUUGGCAGGAUUUUCAACAAAACAAGAUAAUGGCUGAAUUAUUUGGCGUUUUUGUUUUACAGUUGUGGCCCCAUUACCUAGAUGUAAUCUCAAGCACAGAUGUGAUCAAUAUGCAAUUCCCCUGUGUGAAGUUGAAGGUUUUUUUAGACAUUUUCUAUUUGAAUGCAGUGUUUAUAUUUUGAAUCUCAAAUCUUGCAUAAUGUUUUUGAUCUCCAUUUUUUUAGAAGUAGCAUUCAAUCAUUUUGCUAGAUUUUUAUAGUUUUUAGUUUGAAAGCUAAAAUCAAAUUAUGUAGUUAAGAAGUUAAAAUUUUGUACUCAUAAUUCCAUUAUGAUCCAUAGCUAGUUAUGGCAGUCAAAAUUUCAUGCCUGAUGAUGAAGCUUUUUUCGAAUUCAUGUUGACACUUUGAAUUCCUUGAACAACAAAUGGAAUGAUCUCAUUGAUUGUUUGUUAUUUUAUUCUGUAUUUUAGUUUUUAUAUGAGCUGUAUCAGUUAGAAAUUGACCAUAUGCAAAUGAAUAAUGUUUUAUCUAUCUGUUUACAUACUUUGGGUUGAAAAAAUCUUUAUGGAAAGUAUAAAAUUAAAUUGUUAUAAGAAAAUCUACAAAGCAAACCCAAAUUCAUUUCUCAUUUCGUAUUUUAAUGUUCCAAUUAAAGUCUAUUAUAUGAACCUGGACAUAUGUACCUUCAAUUUCUAUCUGGUGUAGUUCAUAUUGGAACUAGGCUUAGAAAUCAAAGACUUACUGAUAUCAUUCCACUUUUAAGGUUCAUGAUAUGAAGACUUGCCAUAUUUUUUGGCCACCUUCAGACAAAACUAUCAUUCAUGUGACAACUAAAGUUACAAAAUCAAGUCACUAAGAGCUAAAUUCAUGAAAAGAACUAGUUUUUCCCAUUGUAGAUGUUUACUAAAUACAUUUGUUUGCUUUAAAUAUUAUAUGUUAUUCAGUUGUCAGACAGGGUUUAUAUUUGCUGAGCUGAAGCUAAAUUCAGCAUAGUAAAAUGUCAUAUAUACCAAACAGAUACUUGAAUAUCUUUGGCUUACAGGAAAAAAUCAUGUAAGCUGGAUGUGUCAAAUUAUAUACCCUUUCUGCGACCUGAGUAACAUUUAAUUUUUGGAUAUUUGUUUGAUUUAAAUAUUCACUAAUAUUUAAUUUAUCAUUAUACCAGGGUAUUUAUUUAUAAGAAAUUGUUUUAGUGAUAAUAAAACAAAAAAAUAUGUAAA